AUGAACACUAUAAGAGUACUUAAGAAUACUAUCCUUAUACACCCCAAUGUACACACUUCUCACACCCACACCUCCCACGCAGGCGAUAUGGCGGGAAUACAACAAGAUGACCCUUACUAUCAAGCUCUAGUAGUCUAUGGGAAGAUUGAGGUUGGUCUAGAUGACAAUCCUGAAGAAAACCCUGAAGGAGGCCUUGCAAUGGGUCAGGAGCUGGAACCCAGAGUGGAACCGGAAGAGUAUGUGGUAACUGAUUACGAAUAUGAUGAUUUUGACCGGGAGUCAGAUGAAGGAAAGGACGUUAAGGAGACACCUAGUAAACCUCGCCCAUAG